ACUCUAUCGAAUAUUUUUCUUUGACGAUUUACGAUUGUAGUGAUUGUAUUUUUUUAUAUCGCUUGUCUGAGUGAUACUUUCAAAUGGUCAGUGGUUUCACGUUAAAAAAAAGCUGUAAGAAGUGAUCGUGCAUUUUUGAAAAGAAGAAGAAGAAGAAGAAAAAGUAAAAGGAGAAGAAGAAAUGCCAGACAGUGGUGCUGUUUAUCAACCUACGACGGUAGGAUACACGUAUGAUAGUGGAGGUGACGGUACCGGUAGUGCUGGUGGAAUAAGAAGUGGUUUUUGGAGGAUUGCAUCGAGGCAUAAGAUUAAUUCAAGAAAAUGGCUAGAAUGGACGUUAUUGUCUGUUGGAUUGUCCUUCUUCGUCGUUGGACUCACCACAAUGCUUGUGAGUCUGGUCUCAACCGACAACAUUAAUCAACGAACUACAGAGGUAAAGCAGGAUUCGUCUUCGAUUGGUGCAACUGUUGAAGUGGAGGAAAAUGUUGAAGGAGCUUCUAAGGGAUCCGUAGCAUUAGGAGCAGGAAUGAUAUUUGUUGGAAUAUUAUUGAAUGUUAUUUGGGCAUGGCUUCGAUUCUUCCAACGUAAUAAAUCACCAAGGAGCGGAAUUACUGGAGGAAGUGGUCAGUACGGGCCAGUACUUACGGAGUUGCCGAGUCAGCUGAAAUUAAAGGAAGCUAAUAUACAUGAGACGCUAGUAGCACCACUUUCUGAUCAAGAAGAAGAAACCCUUACUUUAAUGCUGGAUUCUAAUACAUCUACAACGCUUGUUGCUGACCCUAAUAGUGCUGCUAACCAGAUUCCAGGUUGAGUACAUUCAUUCACCACACUGAAUGCAAUAGAGUGACCUGAAGUGAACACUGCUUUACUUUUACAAAUCUGAUAAUACUUAUCAGAAAUUAAUUGCUUAUAUUUUCUCGUAAGAGAAAAAACGAAAGAAAAAAUAUCUUGUUUUUAACUCUCCAUUAGUUUAUCUGCAAUGAUGAAAAUCAUUGUAUAAAUAACAUUAAUUUAUAAGUUCAUAUUCAAUAUUUGUUGAUUAUACUACUAUCUAUUUUCACAGUCUAGUGCUUUCAGUUAUACGAGUCUAUAUCAAUAUACAAGUCGUACAAG